CUAGCUACCAGUCAGUCACAGAGAGAUAGUGAGGACGUACAGCCAGAGGAAACACACAACUCCUAACAGAGAUGUCUGGUGGUCCCCUCUCCUCCUUCUCCAAACAGGGAAUACUCCUACUCUCUAUCCUCCACUAUGGGACCUGGGCUGAUGUCCCUCCGAUAGACCAGUAUGGCUUGAAGGGAGGUUCGGUAUGUGUGGCUGUUGCAGAACCCCCUGAUCAACUCAAAGGAAUCACAUGGAAGUUCCAAAAGGAUGUAAUAUUGGAUGAUAAAGACAUAUCUCCUAAAUACAAGGAGAAGGUAGAUUAUAACCCAGUGAACCACACUCUGUGCAUUAAGAAUCUGACGGACACAGACAGUGGAAUUUACAUUGCAAAUGCAAAGAAAAUAGAUUGGACAGAUUCAACGUCUUCAUACAGACUUAAGGUGUUGGAAGCGGUUCCCAUUCCAGCCAUGCAGGUGACAUACUACAACUCAAGUACAGGACUUUGUAACAUCACAGUGAAUUGUUCAGGCUGGAUGUUUUCUGUCUGUGAUGGAGGUCAGUGCCCACUGUACCAGGAUUCUCUGUCAGUCUCUGAGGUCAACAUCACUGUUUCCAGUGGUAAUGGAUUCAUUAAGUGUAUCGUCAACAAUCGUGUCAGCACAGAGACCAAAUCACAACGCAUGAAUGACAUAUGUAUUGCUGAGAAGAAGGGGAUCGCUGCAGCAUCACUAGUUGGCAUCAUUGUGGGCAUUGUUACGGGUGGAUUAUUCUUAGUUGGUGUAGGAUGCAUCAUAUCAACCAGAAGAUGGCGAUCCCCUAAAGAAAAACUGCCACUGAAGGCCGUUGUUCCAGAAGUUGACAACCCAGUGAGCGCUAUACCAGGAAGACCAGAACCACAGAACACCCCUGGAUCUGAGGUGACAUCUAUCUACAUUACUGCAGGGAGACCAGGAGCAGUCCCAGCAUCAGCAUCAGCAGAAGGAGAAGAGGGGCAUCCAGGGGACAAGGAGUACACUUCACCAGAAGAGAGGAUAGAACCACAGUCCCCCCCACAGGCAGAGACAUUCUACAGCACCCUACAGCUACCAGUUGCAGCACAGCGCCACCCAGUGGGCAAAGGAAAUAAUCUAAAGAAACCAGACACGGUGUACUGCACAAUAGGAUAUUACCCCUCCAUCCUUCUCAGAGACCCACUGAUGUUACUUUGAUUAAGAUUUAACCCAUAGACUCAGGUACCGAAUGCAAACACAGGGGAAAUUAUGAAGGAGAGAAUCAUGAUAAUGGGUUUUUAACAUUUCUGUCUAAUUUCAUCCAUAUUUAAAGUGGCAAUCUGCAAUUCCUACGUACUUUUAAUUGAAUUGUAUAUAACUAUUAAUCCAUGCAGAAUACAACAUAUGCUUGUUUAUUCCAUUGUUUGUUAAAACUGUAUUUGUAAAACAAUUGGUGGCAGGGUACCCACAUUGUUAUUAUUUAGACUGCAGAUUUCCCCUUUAGCGAUAGACAGUAUGUAAAACAGUCUUAUUUUCUGUAAACGAAAAUGGAAACAUGCAGAUGAAUACAGUAGCGCUAUACAUGCUUUAAAAAGUGUUUAUACACAAAGCAGCGGUUUGAAAAUGGGAAGCCCAUCCAUUCAAUCAAUCAAUCAAAUCGACCAAUCAUUAAAUAUAUACAUAAACCAAUCAUUC